AUGGUGCAGACCAUUAAAGACAUGAAAGAAUUGAAAGCAUUGUUGAUAGCUGCUGGACACAGACUUGUUGUGGUAGAAUUUUCUGCAAAAUGGUGUGUUCCCUGCAAAAAAAUGCGUCCAAUUUUUGAGGAAAUGUCUUUAAAAUACAAAAAUGUCGUUUUUGCUAAUGUGGAUGUGGACCAGUCUCGGGAGUUGGCUGAAACUUGCAACAUCAAAGCAGUACCCACCUUUCAAAUGUUCAAGCAAAACACGAAGAUCUAUGAAGUUUCUGGAGCUGAUCCCAAAAAACUGGAAGAGAAGAUCAAAGAACUGAUGUAA